CCCGUCCCCAUCCAUAGCCAACCCAAAUCUAAGUGUGAGGGGAAAAUAGGUAGGAAAACCUGGAGCCAGAGGAGCAAACGGCAGCUGCACUUCUCAACCUGAGCGCCAACAUGUUGUACCUGGAGACAGCCGCCCCAGCGCAGUACAGUGAGUCACAGUACACAAACCUGGGGCUCCUCAACAGCAUGGACCAGCAGAUACAAAACGGUGGCUCUUCUUCGACGAGCCCUUACAACAACGAGCACGCCCAGAACAGCGUGACGGCUCCAUCGCCCUACGCUCAGCCAAGCUCCACUUUCGACACCCUAUCUCCAUCUCCUGCUAUACCGUCAAACACUGACUACGCUGGUCCACACACCUUUGACGUGUCCUUUCAGCAGUCCAGCACAGCCAAGUCUGCUACCUGGACAUACUCCACAGACCUGAAAAAGUUGUACUGCCAAAUCGCCAAGACCUGUCCCAUCCAAAUCAAGGUUCUGACCACCCCGCCCCAAGGUGCCGUCAUCCGGGCCAUGCCCGUCUACAAAAAGGCUGAGCAUGUGACCGAGGUGGUCAAGCGCUGCCCCAACCACGAGCUGAGCCGCGAGUUCAACGACGGCCAGAUAGCUCCUCCCAGUCAUUUGAUCCGGGUGGAGGGGAACAGCCAUGCCCAGUAUGUGGAGGAUUCCAUAACAGGCCGUCAAAGUGUGCUCGUACCAUAUGAGCCACCCCAGGUGGGAACAGAGUUCACCACCAUUCUGUACAAUUUCAUGUGCAACUCCAGCUGCGUUGGGGGAAUGAACCGACGCCCCAUUCUAAUCAUCGUCACUCUCGAAACUAGAGAUGGCCAGGUGCUCGGGAGGCGCUGCUUCGAAGCCCGAAUCUGUGCCUGUCCCGGAAGAGACCGCAAGGCGGACGAGGACAGCAUCCGCAAGCAGCACGUCACCGACGGAACAAAGAGCAGUGAGGGUACGAAGCGCCCUUUCCGGCAAGCAACGCACGGCAUCCAGGUGUCCUCCAUCAAGAAGAGAAGAUCCACCGACGAGGAAGUGUAUUGUCUGCCUAUUAAAGGCCGUGAAAUCUAUGAGAUCUUGGUGAAAAUCAAAGAGUCUCUGGAGCUCAUGCAGUUCCUACCCCAGCACACUAUAGAGUCAUACAGGCAACAACAGCAGAGCCUUAUCCAGAAACAGACGUAGCUGGAAAUCAUCUGCAUGGUGUGAUUUUAACACGAGGCUCCCGACUGAGACAGUUAAAAAAAGAAGAUAACAAUAAAUAAAAAAACAGCGAUGAAAAAAGAAAGAAACAUUGUUAAAUCUUGUCGAGACUCAGCAUGUUGCUUGUCGAGUGGCCUUUUUUGGACCGGAAGCCGUUGGCGACUUUGCGUAGAGCGUGUGCGGUCAUCUCUGCUUGGCUGUAGCUUCAAGAUCUCACCUGAUCUUUGAUGGGCUUCAUUUGUGCUUCUGCUGCUCAGUGGGAAUGUUCAUUUACUACGGUGGGGAAAAAAUAAAAAAAAAAAUAAUAAUACUAAUAAUAAUGUGUUCAAUUUGUGGCUGUCGGAACCGCUCCGAGUGCUAACAGCUUUGCGGCCGCUGACAGCUUCCGCACUUUCGACGAGCGGUUUUGCUUUAAACUAAAGGCUUAAUUCGCUUAACGCACUCGAACGAGGGAACGCUCAACACUGCAGUGUGGCUUUACCACGGCGAUGGGAGGGUCGCGGCGCAUUGCCCAGCUGCGUUUUUCACUCAGACGGGUGGGGCUUGGGGUGCGAGGCCACGCGGAGAGCGAGCGUCUCCCGCCAUCGCCACAUUUACACGAGAGCGCCGGUUACACAACCGCCUUCCCUCCUUCCCCUCAUCCGUAAAAGCAGCACGUCGCUUUCUCAGCAGACCGUGCCUCUCACCCGUGAAGAAAAAAAAAAAAAAGCAAAAGUUUUCCGCAAGUUGACAGCUUUGUUAGGCUGUCUUUAACGCUCCUUGAUAAUUAUUGCUUUUGCUAUCACUUCUCCUUAAGAGAGUCUCGGAAAGCCAAACGGUGAGGUAACGCGUACGCGCACGGCACUGCUUCGAGAAGUGUCGCCUUUUCUUUUUUCCCCCCUCUUCUUCUUUUCCCUCCUCGCUUCACCCCUCCUGUCUGCGCUGAAAACAAGGAAGGAACCGCUAAAGUGCUGUUUUGGCUUUUCGGUUUCAGACCGAAGUAUGAAGUCCAGUGUUUUUAUUCCCCUGCUCCUGUAUCUGCUGGUGCAAACGAUUAGACAGGGAUGAUGGGCGAGGUAACUAUUCCAAGUUUCUCACAUCCGGCUUUCUCGCACUGCUUUUUGCGGCCCGUCUUCUAUUAUUGUGCGCAGAGUGACAGCAGAAAACAGAGGGCAGCGCGUGUUGGGUUCGAGAAAGGAAAUUCCCUCUUAAUGUCAUCUAUUGUGCUGAUGCUACAAGUACUAUGUUUAAGUGCAGGGUAAACACGGGCAAGCGAAAGCAGCGCUCCCAUUGCUCUCCUGAUGCUCUCUCUCUGAUUUGGUUUUGUUCAUUCACUCGACCGAGUUGGUCUCGGAGGAAACCCGAGACGAAGUCCUUUAAAUUUUACCUGCACGAUGGCUGUUCCCCACCCCCAACCCCCCACCUCUUUCUGUCUUCUGUUGCUGUGUUUCAUAUGCUGUUUUUCCAUAGCACACAUUCGCCAUCAUUCAUCAUGGUCUCUGUAACCCCCCCCUCCAACCCCAAACCCCACAUUAUGCAAAGUGUUCUGGACACUAAGCAAUAAAAGCACCCAUUUCCCUGGAGGAAAAAUAAAAAAAAAACCCAGUGUGUCAGUCUUUUCUUUAUUUUAUUUUUGGCCCGAGAAAAUUUCCUGGACUAAAGUUUCCAAAGUAUUCUGCAGUACAGAAAUAGGCGCGUGUGUUUUUCCACUUUGUGACUGGCUUAGUGUUCCAGCGCCAUCCAGUGGUCGUUGAUGUGCGCUGCACCUUCCCUCUGAAUUCAAACCAGUCUCCUCCAGCAUGAGUGAAGAAAAACAGCACAUUAUUCAUAAGAAUACAAAACUUGUUGCAGUUUGACGGCACAGCGCAGAUGUGUGACUUUUUAUAUUUAUUUUCGGACGAUAACGGAUAUAAUGAGAUAAAAUGGAAGUGAAACUCUAGGUUUGGCUUCAUAUACAGUCACUUGUGUAUUCGUUUCAGUUACUAUUUAUUUCCCUGUUGGCAGAGUGUCGUUUGAGUGAAACACAUUUCCAGAAUGUCGUUCUGGGUCUACAUUAACGGCGCAGGGAAUGAACCUGCCCUUAACCCUUCCUUUCAUGGUCCGAGAGACGGAGCAGGCUGGGCGCCGGCCCCAGCCGGUCCAACCAAACCCGUCGAGUGUCCACGGUCAUGAAGAUGCCUCCUUCCCCCAAGACCGCUCCCUUAUUUUUCCUUGUCUUUUCUCUCCUCUCUGGUUCCUC